AUGGGUUUUAAAAAACUACGUGAGUUUAAUUUAGCUCUACUAGCGAAGCAGGGGUGGCGAUUGAUGGUGUGUCCGGAUUCUCUAGUCAGUAGAGUUCUUAAAGCAAAAUAUUUCCCUAGUACAAAUUUCUUGGAGGCAGCACUGGGUAAUAACCCAAGUUACAUUUGGAGGUCGUUUCUAGCUGGUAAAGAAAUUCUGCGUGAAGGAAUGGCCAAACGAUUAGGAGAUGGUAACGAUACUCUGAUCUGGGGUGUACCUUGGCUAGCGGAUAAAGCGAACCCUACGCUACAUACACAUGUUUUCGAACAAUUGAAAGAGGCGAAGGUGGCGGGGUUACUCAGUGAAGCAGGUACCUGGGAUGUUGAUAUUCUUAGAGAUAUUUUUGAACCUGAUGAUAUCCCUAGAAUACUUGCCACACCAGUUUCUCCUGAUUUUAGGGAUGAAUGGUUUUGA